AUGGAGUUAGAACAAAUAGAACAAAGCAGCCAAAAUACUACUACUGUCAAUAAUGAAGAUGGACAAACAAUGAUGGAUGAUCAUAAAGGAGGAGGAAGGACAACUUUGCCCUUCAUUCUAGGAGCAACGGCGGGGCUUUCCCUUGCAUCCAGUGGGUGGACAGCAAAUCUGAUAGUAUUUCUAAUAAGUGAAUUCAAUGUGAAGAACAUCACUGCUUUUCAAAUCAAUAAUGUGAUACUUGGCUGCAACACUCUCUUUCCCAUUGCUGGAGCCAUUGUUGCCGACACCUUCUUCGACUCCUUCACCGUUGUCACUACUUUUUCCUUUGUUUCCUUACUGUUAGCCUUACUCUUUGGAUUUGGUCGUAUAUACCAUCGUACGUAG